UAUUUAUUUUGAUUUAUCUAUAGAUAGUAUAAGGGAACAAAAAAAUUUUUCUAUAAAAUAAUAUUGUAUUUAGCUUUAAAUUACUGUUUUCGUAUUAGUUUACGGAGAAUAGUAUGUGGUUACUAUACAAAAACAGAAUCAGAAUUGAAGUUCUCUUCCGAUAGCUUUUCAGUUAGCAUUUAGCGAAGUGCAUAUCUACUUGUUUUGGAUUUGGAUGUUGUACUUUAAGAAUUUUAUUUUUUUUGUUUUGCUCGUUUUCUAAAUUCAUAUUACUAAUUUUAAUUUUAUUAAUAAUUAUUUCAACCUUAAAGUUAGUUUAUUUUGUAUGAUAAUUUUAAUUACAAGCUUUUAAAUUUAAGAAAUGAGAGGACAUUUCGGACGUUUAGCUUUAGUAACUGGUGGAGGAUCUGGGAUUGGAAAAGCAGUAUGCCAGGCACUAACUCGUGAAGGUGCAAAGGUAAUUGUUGCUGAUAAAAAUUAUGAAGCUGCAAAAUUAACAGCGUCGGAAUUAGGGCCAGAAUCUUUAGCUUUAGAAGUUGAUGUAUCUUCAGAUCAGAGCGUUUACAAAUGUUUAAAUGAUGCCAUUAAAAAUUACAAAAGAUCGCCACAAAUAGUUGUUAAUUCUGCUGGAAUAAUACGUGAUGCAUAUCUGUUAAAAAUGACUGAAACGGAAUUCGAUGAUGUUUACAAAAUAAAUCUUAAGGGGACUUUUUUAAUAACACAACAUUUUGCAAAAUCAAUGGUGGAACAUAAAAUUUCUGGAACAAUUAUAAAUAUAUCUAGUAUUGUGGCAAAAUUAAAUACGGUCGGUCAAUGUAAUUAUGCUGCAUCAAAGGCUGGUGUUGCUUCCUUAACUCAAGUUGCCGCAAAAGAAUUUGGAAAAUUUAAUAUAAGGGUAAAUGCCAUAUUGCCUGGGUAUAUAGAAACUCCAAUGACAGAAAAUUUACCUGAGGAUGUAAAGAAAAUUGUAAAGGAACGUUGUGCAAUGAAACGGUUUGGGCGACCAGAAGAAGUUGCUGACGUAGUAGCAUUCUUAGCGUCAGAAAAAUCGUCAUACAUUAAUGGCGCCUUAAUAGAUGUUUCAGGUUGUUUAUCAUAAAUUGAUAUUGCAAAAUUCAAAAAAUUUAAAACGAAGACACAUUUCAAUUGAAAACCGACAAGAAAAUUAAUUGUUAAAGCGUAUACGUACAAUAAUUAUAUUCACAUGUUAUGGAAUAAGAGUGUUAUUUCUAACUGACUGAGAACAAAAAAUACAUUCUACAAUGACGUUCUA